UACACAAGAUGGCAACCGCAUUGGAAUUGAGCAGCUCUGACAUUCAGGGUCUCUGUCAGACUUAUAUGCAAAAGAAUGAUCUGAACGCAAACUUCGAAAUUGUCAGCUAUAAACUGCAGCCAACUUCGGAUGCACCCGCAGGAUAUUUGGGCAGUCACUUUUAUCUGCAGGUGACUCUGAAGCUGCAGGGCAAUGAAGAGCCACAACAUCUGCGGUUCUUCUGUAAAUCAGCGCCAAAAGGCAAUGCAUCGCACAUGGAAUAUCUAGAGGAUUUCGGUGUAUUCCAGAAGGAGAUUACAUUCUAUCAGGAUGUGCUGCCCGAGCUGCAAGCAAACACGAUUGAGAUUGCUCCCAAGUGCUACUAUGCGGACAACAAUCUGCUGAUCUUUGAGAAUCUCAUUGAUCAGGGCUACCGCAUGGGAGCUGGACGUGAUGGAGUACUCAACUAUGGACAACUUCAUUGUGCCUUGAAGACAUUGGCUGCAUUGCAUGCCGGUUCCAUUAUCCAAGACCAAACUGGUAAGGAAAGACUUCCCCUGAAGGAGAAUGCAUAUCCCUUGGACGUGCCCAAGGAACACAUGCGUGUGGUUAACUUUAAUCAGGCUUGCGAGGUUUACAAGGAGUUCAUAAAAACGCUGCCCAAAUACCAACACCAAUUGGAUUAUAUUUUGGAGAACUUUACUAAGCGCAUGUCCAUCAUUUUUGAACUGUCGAAAACCUCAAAGACGCGUCUCAAUGCCACGCUGCAUGCCGAUCUCUGGUCAAAUAAUAUACUCUUCCAGUAUGGCAAACACGAUGAUAAGCCUCUACAAUGUCGCUUUGUGGACUUUCAGCUGGCUCGCUAUGCUCCGCCUGCCAUGGAUCUGCUGACUAUUCUCACCAUUCCAACAACUAGUCAAUUUCGAGCUGCUCAUCUCAAUGAAUUACUGGCGGAGUAUUAUCGCUUCAUGGGCGAGUUUCUGAAAGAAGCUGGCUUCGAUAUUGUUAACAUUCUGCCUGAGGAUGAAUACUACAAUUCGGUGGAAGAGUAUCGCAUCAUCGGCCUUAUUGAGAGUCUGUUUUUCUGCCAUUUGGUCAUGCUACCACCUACUUUUACUAAAGAGUUGACCAGCUCGGCAGAUGGAUUCAACGAUUUCUUUAGCAAGAAACGCAUCGAAAUCUGCUUGAAGGCUUUCAAAUCAGAUGAACUAUAUAGAGAUCGCAUUGUCGAUAUGCUGGAGGACUUUGUUGAUAACUUUGUGCUGAAAUCUUAAGUUAAUCAUUAUUUUAAGACUACCAAAUAAAGUUUAUGCCAUGAAUAUAUUCAA